CCCGCCAUAAAGCUCCACCCCCGCAAUCACAAAUUCAAAGAUUCCCGGGAUUGGCGCCACCUUCGCAAAAGCUCUAUCGCGGCCAAUGCGCCCAGUGUCAGUAGUUUGCAGAGGGAAGUACCCUUCGUUCACAAUAUCUCCAGUGAUAACUACAGCAUUCGAUCCGCCGUGAGUGAGUGAGCAAAAAUUGCCCAAGGGGCGCAGUUUCUAAUAUCUUCACCUUCCUCCCAACUGUAUCACCACUUCCAUUUCUCAGUCUUCAUCGCCGAUGGUGUAACUGACGCACUAGUUUUUAUCCACAAUUCUCAACGUCUCGGAGAAUCUUCAAUUGGCGGUAACAGUUAACGUAUCGAGGAUUUAUCAAGACAACGAGUGCUGUAAAAUUCACAUACCCAAUCGACGAAUGAAAAUCAGUGAAAAGCUCAACAUCUUGAAGAUGGCUAACACAAUGGAAUAGUUGUUGUGGAUAUAAUUGAAAGGAUUUGCCUGUAAAAUGAAGAAACUUGGACACUCAGUGAGGGAUGAUUCGACGAUAACGACGAUCGAAGAACAAUCGAUUUAAUGUUGAAGGAAAGAAGAAAAUGUCUCGACGAAAACAUCGUGAUGCGGUAAUAAGUCAUGACAAUCAAAUCAAGGAUCAUGACCUCCUGAAUUUCCCCAAAAAAUCAUCGAUUAAGGACGAAAUAUACUGCUGAUAUGUUGUUAUAUAUGCGAUAUGUCAUGUGACACACGACAUGGUGAUAAAUAUGUAACGAGAGGGAAAGAGAAACCGUCUCGUUGGGUACGGGAAUGGUGUCAUCAAAAUCGUGGUGUUGGCAUUAGUCACAGCAAGAUCGUUUACGAGAGAUGAGCGUUGAAGCAGACACACUGGAACUCGAGGUCUUCGAGGUGCAAGACGGUGAUGAUGAUAUCAAUGAAGCUGAAUCAUCGAGAGCCGGUAAAAAGCGUUCAUCGAGGUUGGGAAAAAAAUUGGAGAUCAAGUUGUCAAACGAUGGUAAAGGAAAAAAACGUAAACGUCGUAAAAAACGAUGCCGAGAGGAGAGAUCCCCGUCAACACAGGUAGUUGUUAAUUUUCCAUCAUCAUCUGAUGCUGUGGAACACACUGGUGAAUGCUCAAAAAGGGACUCGUCCAGUAGCCUCGGCGGUCCUAGCAAUCGUCACAGUACAUUACGCCAGUCUCUAUUAACUGUACUUGGCAAAUUGGUUGUUUGGAAAGGUGCUAGGUAUCGUCCAACACCAACAACUUCAGCAAUACCCCCCAAUUCACCUCUUGCCACUGAGUGCAUUGGACGAAGUGCAGUUUUCUUUUCCAGCGAAACGGAAAGGCGCAUUCGUGCUAACAAUCGCGAGUACAAUUCACAAUUUAAAUAUGCAAACAAUUACAUCAAAACGUCCAAAUAUUCGGUGUUGACGUUCCUGCCUCUGAAUUUGUUUGAACAAUUUCAACGGUUAGCUAAUUUCUACUUCCUAUGUCUGCUGGUGCUUCAGAUGAUACCCGCCAUAUCUUCGCUUACCCCGAUCACCACAGCCAUACCAUUAAUUGGGGUCCUCACACUCACUGCCGUCAAAGAUGCCUAUGAUGAUUUUCAACGACACAGCAGCGAUUCUCAAGUAAACAACAGAAAGUCCCAGACAUUACGUGGAAAAAAUUUAAAAGUGGAGAAAUGGUCGCAAGUACAAGUUGGUGAUGUAAUUAGAAUGGAGAAUGAUCAAUUUGUUGCUGCCGAUGUUCUUUUACUCUCCACGAGUGAACCCAAUGGCCUUUGUUACAUCGAGACUGCAGAAUUGGAUGGAGAAACCAAUUUGAAGUGUCGUCAAUGUUUAACGGAGACAGCUGAAAUGAUGGAUAACAACGAACUUAUAGGAGAAUUUGACGGCGAAAUUAUCUGUGAAACUCCAAAUAAUCUAUUAAAUAAAUUUGAUGGUAUAUUAAUGUGGAAAGGAAAUAGAUAUGCAUUAGACAACGAUAAAAUAAUUCUGCGAGGAUGUGUACUGAGAAAUACUCAGUGGUGCUACGGUGUAGUGAUCUUUGCUGGCAAAGAUACAAAACUUAUGCAAAACUCAGGGAAGACAAAAUUCAAGAGAACGUGUAUAGAUAGACUAUUGAAUCUUCUCAUAAUUGGAAUUGUAUUCUUUUUAUUAUCACUAUGCUUAUUCUGCAUGAUUGGCUGUGGAAUAUGGGAGAGUCUCGUGGGACGUUACUUUCAAGUUUAUUUACCAUGGGACUCACUAGUGCCAACUGAUCCACUUGGUGGUGCAACUGUUACAGCCCUACUUGUUUUUUUUUCAUAUUCAAUUGUAUUAAAUACAGUAGUGCCAAUAAGUUUGUACGUCAGUGUCGAGGUCAUAAGAUUUGUACAAUCAUUUCUUAUUAAUUGGGAUGAGGAGAUGUAUCAUGCACCAACAAAUACACAUGCCAGAGCUAGAACAACGACACUUAACGAAGAGCUGGGACAAAUUGAAUACAUAUUCUCGGAUAAAACUGGUACACUUACCCAAAAUAUCAUGACUUUCAACAAGUGUUCAGUGGCAGGAAGGAGUUAUGGAGAUUUAGUUGAUGAAGUCACUGGUGAAAUCAUCGAUCUGAGUGAGACGGAUGAAACGAACAAAACAACGUCAACGGUGAAGUGGAAAAAUGGCCAGGAGUUUGUUCGCAGCGUGCAUCCACCAAUUAGCAGUGUUAAUGCGAGAUUAUUGGAGCAAGCUGAUCGUAUGGGAAAUUCAACUCCCGAGCCUGAUAUCAACAGCAGAGGGAAAAUUGCACAGACACCCUCAACCGUUCCACCCCUGAACUUUUCCUUCAACAAAGAUUACGAGCCCGAAUUCAAGUUUUACGAUCCAGCGUUACUAGAGGCAGUUAAGAAAGAGGACACCGAGGUACAUCUGUUCUUUCGUCUUCUGGCACUCUGUCACACAGUUAUGUCAGACGAGAAAAACGGAAAGCUCGAGUACCAGGCCCAAUCACCAGAUGAGGCGGCAUUAGUGUCAGCAGCUCGAAACUUUGGUUUUAUCUUCAGAGAGAGAUCACCUAAUAGUAUAACAAUCGAAGUGAUGGGUAAACGUGAGGUUUACGAAGUGCUCUGCAUCCUCGAUUUCAAUAAUGUGCGUAAAAGAAUGUCUGUCAUCCUGAGGAGAAAUGGCCAUUUACGAUUGUAUUGUAAGGGAGCUGACCACGUUAUCUACGAGAGGCUGAAGGAGGGUAGUGAGGAAAUAAUGCAGAAAACCCAGGAGCAUCUUAAUAAAUUCGCCGGGGAGGGGCUCAGAACACUGUGUCUAUCUGUCAAGGAUCUUGAGGAGAGUUUCUUCAAUGAUUGGAAGCAGAGGCAUAUGGAUGCUGUACUCAGUGGAGAAGACAAGGAUGACAGGCUCGAUGCUAUUUAUGAGGAAAUUGAGAAGGAUAUGACACUGCUUGGGGCUACUGCCAUUGAGGACAAAUUGCAAGAUGGAGUGCCACAGACUAUUGCCAAUUUGAGCCUUGCUGGAAUUAAAUUGUGGGUACUCACUGGUGACAAACAAGAAACGGCUAUAAAUAUCGGCUACUCCUGUCAAUUGCUGACUGACGAACUAACUGAUGUAUUCAUCGUCGAUGCUACGACGUACGAUAGUGUGGAGACCCAACUCCAGCGUCACCUAGAAAUAAUAAAUACAGCAUCUAGUCAACAAAAUAGGCCAGCACUCUCCAUCGUCACAUUCAGGUGGGACAAAGAAAGUGAUACAGAGUAUAAUAGAGAAGAUUCAGACGAACGAGAACCCGAUUCAUCUUCAGGAUUUGCUAUUGUUAUUAAUGGACAUUCGCUGGUCCAUGCACUCCAUCCACAGAUGGAGAAGCUCUUUCUGGAGGUUUCCAGUCGAUGUAAAUCAGUAAUAUGCUGCCGUGUAACACCCCUUCAAAAGGCCAUGGUAGUUGAACUGAUUAAGAAAAAUAAAUCAGCGGUUACAUUGGCAAUUGGAGACGGUGCCAACGACGUGUCAAUGAUCAAAACAGCACACAUUGGAGUUGGCAUAAGUGGCCAAGAGGGCCUACAAGCUGUACUUGCAUCUGAUUACUCCAUAGGACAGUUUAGGUUUUUAGAGAGGCUACUGUUUGUACAUGGAAGAUGGUCGUACUAUAGAAUGUCCAAGUUUCUUAGAUACUUUUUUUACAAAAAUUUCGCCUUCACUCUAUGCCACAUAUGGUUUGCCUUCUUUUGUGGCUUCAGCGCACAGACAGUAUUUGAUCCAAUGUAUAUCUCAGUGUACAAUCUCUUUUACACGUCACUGCCAGUAUUGGCUGUUGGUGUAUUUGAUCAGGACGUCAACGAUAAGAACAGUAUAUUGUAUCCAAAAUUGUAUACACCCGGAUUGCAAAAUAUGCUUUUUAAUAAGAAAGAAUUUUGUUGGAGUGCACUACACGGAUUUUGGGCGAGUUGUAUAUUAUUUUUGGUGCCCUAUGGAACUUAUAAGGAUGGAUUAUCGCCAAAUGGUUACGUACUUUCAGAUCACAUGUUGCUGGGCAGCGUUGUGGCCACAAUCCUAGUUAUAGUUGUUACCGUUCAAAUAGCCCUCGAUACAUCGUACUGGACAAUUGUAAAUCACAUAAUGGUGUGGGGCUCCCUGAUUUGGUAUUUUAUUCUCGAUUAUUUUUACAAUUUCAUUAUUGGUGGAAGCUACGUUGGUAGCCUGACAAUGGCAAUGUCAGAGGCAACAUUCUGGUUUACAACAGUUAUAUCCUGUAUUAUUCUGGUGAUACCAGUAUUAUCGUGGAGAUUUUUCUUUAUCGAUGUUAGACCAACGUUAUCAGAUCGUGUAAGAUUGAAACAACGUUUGGCACAAAUGCGAUCACGCCAGAGUCAGGAUAUACUUCGUACACCGUCAACUAGACGUACACGUAGAUCAUUGAGGUCUGGUUAUGCUUUCGCACAUCAGGAGGGCUUUGGAAGACUCAUAACGUCCGGCAAAAUAAUGAGAAAAUUGCCGAAUGGUGGUGAUUUUAAAUUUGCAAUGCCAUUCGCUAAUAAUGUUACAAAAUCAGUCAAUGUCGCAUCAACAUCCCCAAAUGACGGUACUUCCAGAAAUUCACGUAAUUUAGACACGAUAAAUCUUUAAAUUAACAUGAAUUGUUGAUUUUUCAUUUAUUAGUGAGACAUUUCAUAAUUAAUGGAUCAACAGCCCGCCCUUGCCCGCUGGACGAUUAAUCGCAAUUUUUUCAAUUGAGAUUAAUUUUCAUUUUGUUAAUUGAAAUGAACUUCUCCGGGUGAGAGUCAAUCGUUGAUUCAUUUGAAAUGAAAUAUCGCAUUAGAACUAAUUAGAACAAUCUGAAUAGCUUUAUAUUUGAUAGUACACAUAAAUUAUUUCCAAGAUAUAAUUUUAUCAGAUAGAGAUUAAUUGAUUAUUACGUAUAAUGUACAGCACAAGUCUCUAGAUAUGUUUAAUUAAUUAAAUAUGUGAAUGGGUUAGGGAAGGGGUGGGUGGGGUAUUGCAGAUCGAUGUGAUAUAGUUUCGUUUAACGAUAAUAUUGGUGUGGAGUCUGUGACCUUCAUGUUACAACAAUUACAGAGAAAUAUAUUGAGGGAUGAAGAUGAUGCUGACAUGAUUGAUUGAUAACUAUUCAAUUAAAGGAUGAAAUGAAAAAUUACAUAAUUAAUAAUUGCCUUUAUACUACAUUUAUUACAUUAAAAAAUGGAAGGAGGACAUGAAUAAAAUGAAUACAUAAUAAAAUAAAUAUUAUUGAUGUAAAAUAGUAUUGACUGUAAAUAUUUUAAAGAGAUAUAUAUAUUAUAUUAAAUGUUAAGUAUACAUUUUUUAAAGAAGAAAGUAAUAUAUAGAUACAAUCGAGUGAAGUGAAAGAAAAAAAGAAAUUAAUAAUAACAGCUCGAAAAUAUGGAGCGGUAAUAAAUAAAAAGAGGAUGAUACUAUGAAAAGAAAAUCAUAGCUAUAUUAUUAUUACUGCGAAUAAUGAUAACGUUUGCCUUGGACUGAUUACUGAAUAUAAUAUAUAAUAAAGUAUGAAGUAACGAAAAUUGAAGAACAAAAACAACCUAAACAGCAUAAAAAAGUAGUUAAAAAUAUUGAGAAAAAUACGUAUUUCUACUUUUUAAUAAUUAAAAAAAAUUGAAAAAAAUUAUGGGUAGUUGAGGAAUGAUUAGUCUGCGUUGAGAGAGUGUCUCACAAUCAAAUAUUCUAAUUUUCAGCGGUAGAAGAUGUAUAAAUUAAUAAUGUGAAUUAAUUCAUUAUUUCUCGAAUGUGCCUGGGAAUUUGGAGCUUUUGUUUUAGUAGACGAGAGAAAAAAAAUUAUUUAAUUAACUAGAAAUUUUUCAAUAUUAAGCAUGUACGAACUUUUCUACAGGAGCAUUAAUUAAAUAAUUAAUUUUUUUUUGAACACUGAGAGCCGUUUGAAACUAUUGAAAAAAUUUUCGUCCAGUAUUGUUAAUCACUUGUGCAAUCAUGCAAUCUGAAAAAAGUAGAGAAUGAUGUGAAUCAAUGACAAUUGAUUUUACAAUAACGAGUUUACAGAUUCAUUGUUGAGACUGUAAAGAGAAAUUAUACGCUCUUUAUCCGGCAUACGCCAUAAAAAUGAAUAUCAUGAGUAAUUUUUUUCCUAUGUCCACGGCAAAAUGAAAUGUUGAGUACUUUUGACACAUUACAAUGAGAUAAAACGGGAAAGAGAUAAAAACAGAGCACAGCUUAUUAUCUUUAUUUUCCAGUGAAUUUAAUUUUUUUUUUCAACUUCAUGUGAAAUACUAUUUCAAUAUGUGAUUUAAUGAAGUACUUUUCCCCAAUGCGUGAGGACUAAAGUUAACCAUGAACUCGUUGAUUUUUCUGUUGAUUAUUGAAAGCUGCAGCGUAAAAAAAUAAUUACGAUCCACACAAAAGGGAGCAAUUGGUGUAUCGAAAAGAAAUAAUGUGGGAUAGAAAAAUAAAAAAAAUGUCGAUGUCAAAACCCACGUUUCGAAUUUUAUUAUACAGAUGGUGGAACGAUACCAUGUAAAUGUAUAGCUUCACUGUAAGCAAAUAUUUGUAUUACUGUCUCCAUUUGUUAAUACCGUUAUAUUGCUAGCAUUUUUUUUUAUAAAAACCAACAAAUGUCACAAAAACUGCACAGUUUGUUAAUAUAAUAAAGAAAAGGGUAAAUUACCGAUGUAUUAUACGUA